CCUACAUCGUAGGUAGUGAAUUUUAAUCGAUAAACAAUAUUUUACAGAAAUCGGCUUGAUAUAUUAAUAAAAAAUGCGUAGUUUUCGAAAAUUUAUAGAUAUAAGUACGCAUAUAAAUGGCACAAAAGUGAAAAAUAACCUACCAUACGUAUCUUCCGGUAUUCCAUCCUUAGACCAUAUAGUUGGUGGAGGAAUACCUGCAGGCAGCAUUUUUGUUGUAGAGGAAGAUGUCCUUGGUGUGUACAGCAAAGUGUUAUUCAAAUAUUUCAUAGCAGAGGGUGUAGCUUGUGACCAUGAAUUAUUUGUUACAUCUUUAGAUGAAGACCCACACAAAAUAACAUCAGAACUCCCUCAACCAUGUGCUUUACCUCCAGAAGAUGAAAAAGCACCAAGUACUGAUGCAGAAAAAAUGAAAAUAGCCUGGAGAUAUGAAGGCCUUAGUCAAGUUGAAUCAUCAUUUGGCAGCAACACUAAUUUUGGACAUAACUUUGACUUGAGCAGAUACAUUGAUGCUGACACAAUAGAAAAGAGUAAAAUCCAGUAUGGUACUACAACUUGGCAAGACAGUACUUUAAGCUGGCAAACGACUAUGCGCAGAGGGAAAUUAAAAAGUGCUUUGUUUCACAAAUUGCUAAGAAAUAUUUACGAAACUGUAUUAAGAAGUAGCGGUACAAACAUGCUCAGACUUGCUAUACAUUCAUUGGGUUCCCCUAUAUGGAUGGCGAUGGAUUCUGAUGAUACCGAGUUCCAAAAUUAUGGAAGAGAUCUCAUAAUGUUCAUGUACUAUUUAAGGAUAUUAAUUAGAGACAAAAAUGUUGCUGUGUUCAUCACUAUACCAUCACAUUUGUAUGAGGAUCCAAUCAUUAUGAAGAAAGUUCUGUACUCGGCUCAUAAUGCAGUAAGGAUUGAAUCAUUUGCUGGCUCCGAAAAAGAAACAAACCCUGUCUACAAAGAUUACCACGGACUGUUUCACAUUACAAAAUUAACGGCGCUGUAUACACUCGUACCAUUCGUGCCGCCCAGUCUUGAUUUAGCAUUCAAGCUAAAGAGGAAGAAGUUCGUCAUUGAAAAAUUACACAUUCCACCAGAACUUGAAGAGACGAGUGAGAGAGAGCAGGACGACAUAACUGCAACGCCGUCGACUGCUUGCGGUGGAUUCCGCAAAAAGGAUAUCGACUUUUAACUCGGCACGUUGUAUAUAACAAUUCUUGGUGUAUUUUUACUUUAAAUAAUAAUAAUAAUGAGCUAAGAAAAAAUGUACUACGCAUAUUAAAUAAUGUUUCAUUAAAUGUUGUAGAUGAAAAUAAAGUAUCUGAAAACGUAAAAUUCUGUAACAUUAUGCUAUUUGUCUCUGUCGGAAAAUGAAUAUUUUAUUUUCCUUUGAAGUACGUAUUGAAAUGUUUUGUGUAUAAUUUUAUAGUAAGUAUACGCAAUAGGGUCUCAAAGCCCUCGAAUACUAAAGAACAACUCAUGCGUCAAUUUUAAACAAAACUGACUCCUAAUUACAUAUCACCCC